UCUGUGGCAUUACCAUCGUCUGUGUUGCUGCGAACUUUGGUUUCAUGGAUGAAAUCGAAAUGGGUCUUCCGGAGACUGAGCUCCCACCUCCCUCCUCGGACUCCUCUCCCUCCUCCUUUCAAAGCUCAGACCUUUCAAGGCGCUCCGUCGCCGGCUUCUGCCAUCGUGCUCGACCACGUACGCGUGAGCCACCUUCUGUCCACUUGCGGCAAAGAGGGUCGUCUCCAUCUGGGCUCUUCUCUUCACGCCUCCAUCGUCAAGAACCCUGAGCUCCACGACCUUGGAAAUGAGGACCUCUUCGGAAAUGGUCUCGUCGUCUGGAACUCUCUCCUCUCGAUGUACGCCAAGUGCAGCGGCAUGCGGGAUGUCGCUAAGCUGUUCGAUGAAAUGCCUGUUAAAGACAUUAUAUCCUGGAACACUCUGUUAUCUGGGUUCUUGAGAAAUGGGGAGUUCGAGAUGGGUUUUGGGAUGUUUAAAAGAAUGUGGGAAGGGGGUGUUCGAGGUGUUGAUAAAGCCACGGUAACAACGAUUCUGUCUGGUUGUGAUAGCUGUGAGCUUUCUCAUGUAGUUGAGUUGAUGCAUGGCAUAGUCUUGAGGGCUGGAUUUGAAAGGGAAAUUACAAUUGGGAAUGCUCUGAUCACAUCAUAUUUCAAAUGUGGUGGCAUCGAUUGGGGAAUGCAGGUGUUUAAUGAAAUGUUCGAGAGGAAUGUAAUUAGUUGGACGGCUUGUAUCUCUGGCCUUCAACAGAAUGAGUUUUAUGAGGAUAGUUUAAAGUUAUUUAUGAGAAUGUGUAGUGGAAUGAGUAUGCGUAGCGGAUCACCCAAUCCAAAUACUCUCACAUACUUGAGCGCCAUCAUGGCGUGUUCAGGUCUACAAGCAAUAAACAUGGGGCGCCAGUUGCAUAGCAUUGCAUGGAAAUUGGGUAUUCAGUCAGAUUUAUUGGUGGAGAGUGCACUGAUGGAUAUGUACGCAAAAUGUGGAAGUCUAGAAGAUGCAUUGGAUAUAUUCGAGUCUGCAGAGACUAUAGAUGAGGUUUCUAUGACUGUAAUUCUAGUAGGUUUUGCACAAAAUGGGUUUGAAGAAGAAGCUAUACAAGUAUUUCUGAAAAUGGUAAAGGCAGGGUUGGAGAUUGAUUCUAAUGUGGUUUCUGCUGUUCUUGGGGUUUUUGGUGCUGAUACUUCUCUAGGCUUAGGUAAACAAAUUCACUCUUUGAUUAUGAAAAGAAGCUUUUUUCAUAUUCCCUUUGUCAGCAAUGGGUUAAUAAACAUGUAUGCGAAGUGUGGAGAUAUCAUGGAAUCAAUCAAAGUGUUUAGUCAGAUGCCUUCAAGAAAUUUGAUCUCAUGGAAUUCCAUGAUUAACGCUUUUGCAUGUCACGGAGAUGGCUAUGGAGCUCUACGGUUGUUUGAAGAAAUGAAAUUAGAAGGUGUAAAGCCGACAGAUGUUACAUUUCUCUCUUUGCUUCACACUUGUAGCCAUAUCGGCUUAGUCGAGAAGGGAAUGGAGUUUUUAGAUUCAAUGGAAAGGGAUUAUGGAAUUAGUCCAAGGACAGAGCACUAUGCUUGUGUUGUAGACAUGUUGGGACGGGCUGGUGGCCUUGCUGAAGCGAAGAGUUUUAUAGAGGGAAUGCCCACGGAACCUGGUGUUCUAGUUUGGCAAGCCUUGCUUGGCGCUUGUGGCAUGCAUAAUGAUUCGGAGAUAGGAAGGUAUGCCGCCGAACAGCUGAUUUCUGCUGCACCUGAGACCCCUGCGCCAUACAUUUCGCUGGCCAAUAUAUAUUCUGCCGAAGGUAAUUGGAAAGAGAGAGCAAGGACUAUGAAAAGAAUGAAAGAGGCUGGAGUGGCUAAAGAAACAGGCAUUAGUUCGAUUGAGAUUGAGAAGAAAGUCCAUAGCUUUGUCGUCCGGGACAGGAUGCAUCCGCAAAGUGAAACCAUUUAUGAAGUUUUAAAGGAACUGUUUCUUUUGAUGACAGAUGAAGGAUAUAUGCCUGAUAAGAGAUUCAUUCUCUAUUACUUGAACACAGACUAGAGCAGAAGCAAGUGUACUGUACACUUGGAUUCAGUCUUGUGAUGAAGAGAAAAUAGGACUAGAAUGUAAACUUAGGUGAGUUAGAAAGAUAUGCUGACUGGAAGAAAGUAUGUCAGAAGUUAUCAUAAUUUCUCGUGGAAGCAUGACUUCGAGGUGAGUCACUUGAUGAAUUGAGCACCAUAACCUGAGUUACUCAACCAUUUUUGACAGACAGCAAAUGAAGUGGUAAAAAUUUUCAGGUCUUACUAUAGUUUCUGCUGGGGUAGCUUUAAUGUAGAUAUAUUUAAACGUUCAUAAAUCCACCUUAUAUAUAUGGAUGGAUAAAAUUGUCGAAUGAGUAAGUGUGAGCUUUCCAUUCCACAGAAUGAUCAUUUCCACCAUGUUUGAUCUGCUGUAACACUCACUUAUAUCAUGAAGUGGAUAGAGAUCCACCAAGGGCACUCUCUUGAUCGUGAAGCGGGGUUGAAUCCAUCUGACGCAAUUUCAGGGGUUGUUUUGAAGAAUUUCUCAAUCUCGUAGGUGAAUUUACUGAGAUACUGCUAGCCCCAGAAUCAAUCAGCUGUGGUGAUGACAGUGAUGGGGCUUUGAUUCAGAAGAACCGAUGCAUGGCUGUGCCAGGCAUGAAAAAUCAGGUUUAAGGUGUCAGGUAAUUCAGAUACCAGGAAGUAGAAACACAUCGGGACUUUGCCAUUUCAAGCUCAUAGGUAGCUUGGAUAAAUCUGUGAAAAAUCUCAUCAAAUCAGAUUCGGAAUAUUAAAAGAAAAUGGGACAUAAAGCCAGAGGAUUUCACAGCGGAUUCUCGAUUCAUUAGAUUUGCGACUCUGGAGGUUUAAUGACGAUUGGAAUCUGGAUCACUUCCUGCUUGAGAGAUCACCCUUUUCAAGCUCGCAAAUUAUGUACUUUGGAGACUGUUUUGGAGGAGAUUUUGUAAAUAGGAGACUGCCGAGAAUGACAUACUUUGAUGGAGAUACACAUUUUGUCUGGGGCCAGUGCAAUUCAUGGGUUGAAACGGAGGGGAUCGUUAAUAUAAUUUAGGUCUUUCGAAGCUUAGAAGGA